AUGACCCAGUAUACUCCGUGGAUGGUAGUUCAGGGGGAGGAGUAUGAGAGCUGUCAGGCACAGCAACUGGGAAGUGGUAUUCUAAUAGGGAAAGUUGUGCCACAUCUGGUAUCUUUUGUCGGAAGAGUGACGUUCAAUAGCUACUGUGUACACGGAUAUCCAGUUUACAAUGCAGUUAAGUUUAACAGAAAGUUAUCUCAUUAUCCUUUGCUCCAGGAACAAAAUUGGCAAAAAUUCAUCUCAACAGGCUCACAGGAGGAGCAAAAUGGCUCGUUUCCAUAUGGAAUAUAUCCAGUGAUACUCUCAUUUACAGCUAAUUUUGUUAUGACGGUAUUCUUAACUUUAUUAUCGUUCAUCAAUAUCAAGGGUAAGAGACACAGACAUGCUGCUAGACUAUUGAAGAUUGGAUCAACCAUAGCGUCUGUAAAUAUUGUGAUAUUUGUGACAUGCUCCUUGAAACAGUUACACAACGAGCAUGAAGAGAACGGGGUUACUACGACGGGGGGGAUUAUGGAUCUUUUUUAUGAGCGUCUUGUCUACUCUAUUCUUGAUCUCAUAUCUUUCUUCUUAUUACAGCUUUGCCAGGUUAUGAUCGUUACAAGGCUAUUUUAUCGUGACUCUGAGAAACGAAUGACGUUUUUCUUGGGUGUUUUAUUGGUCCUGGCUGCCAACAUUCUGUGGUCCAUACCCCAAUUUGCAACCUCUGACGAAGAGCAGCAAGAUCGCUGGGAGAUCUUGGCACCGUUUGUUUACCUGCUAAGGAUUGCCGUCGCAGCGUCCUAUGCCAGCACAAUAAUCUCAUAUGGUAUUUUGAAGCGGCGCUAUUGCUUGGCGUCGAGCCAGAUGGUUAUACUCAGCGUAAUAACGGCACUCGUUGUCCUACUACAGCCGGCACUUUUUCUCGCCGACGUGUCAAAUGUAUGGCUAUCUGGAGUUGGCGAGCUUUUCAAUUCCACUUGUUAUGUUGGUUCAACGUCGAUUGUGUGGGAGUGGCUGGAGAGAUUGUCAGUAGUCAGGAAAAAGGAGGAAGCCCAAAGUAUUUUGGGAAGACCAAUUUACGAGGAUGAACAGGGAGAUUACCGUAUCGCUAACUAUGCUUUAAGAGUUCAGCACGCACUGACCCAAAGAACUCCAAACAAUACAGACAGUGAUAAUGGUGUUGAGCUUGAGCAAAUGUCUCCUUCAUCACAAGUGGGGACUUCUACUCGGGAUACUGGGAGUAGCUGCGGUGUAGUUCCGCAGAAUUCUACCGAGCGGGAAAGCGUUUAUCAGGUCAACUUCAAACAAAAACAGCCUUUUGCAGAAGCUGCGAAACAAAAGGUGUCCCAUGCCUGUGAUACAUUACUAUAUUUUGCCGACCAGGUUAUUCUGAAAAGUUUGGGAACCUUAAGCAUGGGUUCCAAGAAAUCUAUUACUUCGGCAAACCGUGAGGCCCUAGUCAGGAAACGAAUAGGAUUGGAUAGGCCGAACGAAGUUUAUGUUUACUCGACGAAGGAUGUUAAUUUCGACUCUGAUCGGGAUGAGGAUGAUACACAGAGCACAUAG